AUGCGCAGCGUUUACCCGUUGGCCAGACGCUCGAUGGCGGCGUACACGAUGCACAACAUGACGGUGCCUGAACCCUACGACUACCUCGAAGAUCCAGAGAACCCCGAAACAAAGACUUUUGUGAAUGAGCAAAAUGCGUUUUUUGAGGAAUACUUUGCAUCCGAGGCCGAGCUCCGCAAAAAAAUCUUUGAGAGCAUAUCUAACUCGCAGGAUUAUCCCCGCACUUCUAACCCCAGUUAUAUUAACGGGCACUAUUAUUACUACCAUAACUCUGGCCUGCAGAACCAGAGUGUUUUGAUGCGCGCAACGAGUCUCACCGACACCGCCCCGAGUAUUUUCCUGGAUCCCAACACAAUGAGCAGUGACGGUACGACGGCUUUAAAAGCCACCGCCUGGAGUGAAGACGAGUCAAUGCUGGCCUACAGUCUCAGCGAUAAGGGCAGUGACUGGCAGCGUAUCCAUGUGAGGCGUGCCGACACCGUGGAAGAUACUUCAGAUGUGAUUGAAUGGGCCAAAUUUACUACCAUUGCAUGGUGGCACAACUUGGGUUUCUUUUAUACGCGUUACCCGGCGCUUCAAGGUGACGUGGACAAAGGUGCCGAAACAGACGCGGCGCAGGAUGCGUUUAUCUGCUUUCAUCGCAUCGGUCGUCCUCAAGACGAAGACGUUGUGAUUCUCUCCGUGCCGGAGCACCCACAAUGGAACAUGGGGGCGAGUGUGUCUGACUGUCACUCCUAUGUCAUUGUCGUGCUUUUUGACGGUUGCGAGCCACACAACCUGGUGUGGGUUGCUGAACUGCCAUCUGUUGAAAAGGGCCUUGGCUCUGAACCCCUGGUUUUCAAAAAGCUGGUAAAUGAGUUUGCUGGCAGGUACACCUAUCUCGGAAAUGAGGGGAGCACAUUUUAUUUUGUCACAACCCGUGAUGCACCGCGAAAAAAAAUUGUCUCUAUUGACAUUCAUACGGGCCAAGAAACAGUCAUUGUGGAACAGCAACGUUCCGUCCUAAGCCAAGCCGCUCUGGUUAAAAAUACACUUCUUCUUGCGUACCUUGAGGAUGUGAAGGACGUUUUUUAUUAUUGCCGACUGGAGGAUCCCACAUUAAAUGCUAUUCCACUGCCUAUUGGAACGAUUACGUCCUUUUUUUCCGAUCGCAAAAAGGACUUUGUCUCGUUUAAAAUUACGUCAUUUCUUCUCCCAGGGCGCAGUUUUUUCUUGGACAUAAACGACCCACAAUCCUCCCUUCGUGUCUUUAAGGACGACACGGUGGAAGGACUUUUGGUGGAUGAUUUUGUCACGGAGCAAACGUUUUACAACUCGUCGGAUGGGGUGCGAAUUCCGAUGUUUAUUGUCUAUCGAAAGGGCAGUGUAUCAUCGGAAUCGCCACUGUUACUUUACGGCUACGGUGGCUUCAAUAUUCCUUUGACUCCCGCAUUCAGCUCCUCACGGAUGGUGUUUUUGAGAGACCUUGGUGGUGUGCUUGCGGUACCGAAUAUCCGUGGGGGCGGUGAAUACGGCGAGGAAUGGCACGACGCCGGUCGUCGAGUCUGCAAACAGAACUGCUUUACGGACUUUAUUGAGGGAGCGAAAUUUCUGCACCGCCAAGGCUACGGUUCCCCGCAGACAACAGCUAUCAUGGGCGGCUCAAACGGUGGACUGUUGGUUGCGGCGGUUGCGAAUCAGGCUCCGGAGCUUUUUCGUUGUGUUGUUUGCCAGGUGGGGGUGCUGGACAUGUACAAAUUUCACAAGUUUACUAUUGGGCAUGCGUGGAAGUCCGACUAUGGUGAUCCAGAGAAAGAGGAGGAUUUCAGAGUUCUGCAAAAAUACAGUCCAUUGCACAACAUUAAAUCUGGCAUUAAGUACCCCGCCAUUUUGGUGGUGACAGGCGACCACGACGAUCGCGUGGUGCCCCUACACUCACUGAAGUAUGUGGCGACACUCCAGCACAUGAAUCCAACCGAGGGUGGGCCUUUCUUGGCACGCAUUGAGGUGGCUGCUGGUCACGGUGCAGGCAAACCGACAAGCAAAAUAUUACGUGAGGCAGGUGAUAUUUACACCUUUAUCGCCAAGAAUAUCAAUGCUUCGUGGAAAGAGUAA